UGAAACGAAAGCUAAGUACACAGUUGUUCCCCAAUCAGAAUUUCCUACUGUUUAGCAGACUGGGAUCUUCAGUUUUAAAGCCUUUUUUUUUCAGUCUUUCUUUAAAAUCAAAACAGGUAACUAAUUUAUUUAUCGUCUAUACCGGCUUUAUUCUGUAUUCAGGGUCGACACAUAACUUUAUGAUUAACUGCUUUGGUAAAGCACACUAAAGUACUGUGCUAUACAUAAAAAAAUUAUUAUAUGAGCAGAGCUGUAACCAAAUUUUAAAAGCUGUUUUUUUUUGUUGGAAAAGAUAAAAUCUGGGUCCGGGUUCGAUUCCCAGCCAGGCUCGAUUCCUGUCUCUGUGUGCAUGGAGGUUGCGUGUUCUCCCUGUGCUUGGUGGCUUGACUCCCAGUACUCCGGUUUCCUCCCACAGUCCAAAGACAUGUAGGUAAGGUUAAUUGACGUUCCCAAAUUGCCCGUAGUGUGUGUGUGUGCCCUGCGAUGGAUUGGCACCCUGUCCAGGGUGUACCCUGCCUUGUGCCCUUAGGCUCCAGGUCCCUGUGACCCUAAAUACAGGAUAAAGCGGUACAGAAGAUGAUCAUGGCUUUCUCUGGGAGUCUCCUUACUGAAGAUCAGCUCCAGUGCUCUAUCUGUCUGGAUGUGUUCACUGAUCCAGUCUCUACUCCAUGUGGACACAACUACUGUAUGAUCUGUCUCAGAGGGGCCUGGGACAGCAGUUCACACUGCCGGUGUCUGGUGUGUAAAAAAGAUUUUUCCAAAAGACCUGAGUUACGUGUUAAUACUUUCAUCUCUGGACUAGCUGCUCAAUUUAAGAAGCAAAUUCCCCUCAAGCCUAAGAAGGUUCUGUGUGAUUCCUGCACUGAGGAAAAGCUGGAGGCUGUAAAGUCCUGUCUGCACUGUGGAGUUUCUUUCUGUAACACUCAUCUUAUAACCCAUAUAACUACAGCUAAACUAAUGAAGCACAAACUGAUGGAGCCUGUGGAGAACCUGGAGGAUUACAUCUGCCAGAAACAUGAGAGACCCCUGGAGCUGUUCUGUAGAGACUGUCAGACGUGUGUGUGUCAGUUCUGUACUGAGGGACACCACAGAACUCACCACACUGUUCCUGUAGAGGAGGAGAGUAAAGAUAAUAAGACUGAGUUGUGGAUGAUUCAUGCAGGAAUUCAGCAGAUGAUUCAGGACCUACUGAAGAAAAUUCAGGAAAUCAAACAUUCUACAAAACUGUAUAAAAACAACACAGAAAAAGAAAAAAUAGACAGUGUGGAGAUCUUUAGUGCUCUGAUGAUCUGCAUUGUGACAAGCCUUGCUGACCUACCUAAAGUAAUGGAGAAGGAAAAGGCAACAGAGAGGCAGGCUGAAGAGUUCAUUAAAGAUCUGAAGCAGGAAAUCACUGAGCUAAAGAGGAGAAACACUGAGCUGGAGCAGCUCUCACACACUGAGGAUCACCUCCACCUCCUACAGAUUUACCCGUCACUGUGCAGCCCUCCACACACCCAGGACUGGACUGAUGUCACAAUUAACUCUCAUCUCAGUGUGGAGAGUCUGAGGAGGAAAAUAAUGCAAGAACUACUUAAUAAUGCAAUGGAAAAGUUUGUUCACAUUGAGCUAAAGAGAAUUCAGCAACAUGCAGUGGAUGUAAUACUGGAUCCUGACACAGCAAAUCCUUGUCUUUCCGUGUCUAAUGAUGGCAAAGAGGUCACAUGUGAAAACAUAAUAAAGAAGCUUCCUGAUAACCCAGAGAGGUUUGAUCGUUGCAUUUGUGUGCUGGGAAAAGAAGGAUUCUCCUCAGGAAGAUUUUAUUAUGAAGUCGAUGUCAAAGGGAAAACUAAGUGGGAUUUAGGCGUGGUCAGAGAGACUGUUAAUAGGAAGGGAAACAUUACGGCCUGCCCUGAAAAUGGAUUUUGGUGUGUGUCUUGGAAUAAUCAGGUUGGAUAUGUAGCGCUAGAUUCUGCUUCAAUCCCUCUCUCCUCGAAACAACCUCCUCAGAAGGUGGGGGUGUUUGUGGAUUACGAAGAAGGACUGGUCUCUUUUUACAAUGUUGAAGCAAAGCAUCACAUGUACUCUUUCACUGGUCAGACUUUCACUGAAAAACUCUAUCCAUUCUUCAGCCCUGGCCUUAAUGAAGACGGUGGUAACUCAGUACCACUGAUCAUAUAUCCCUGGGCUCAAAACCAAGAUUAGGUUAUAAAAAUAAAGUUGCCAAAUGCCAAAAAUUUAAAGAUUAUUUCUCCUAAUUUGUCUUUCCUAAAGUAGAGCUGGUAAAAACUUGUCCUCAUAAUGCCUUUUAUAAAACCUUUUAUUUUUAUUGGUCUGUAUAAUGGUAUUUGUAUAAAUAACUACUUAAUGACUUUCCUGUGCUUACUCCACUUAUGUUUCCAAUGAGUUUUCAUCAAAUUUGUUAGAACUAAAUGUAUUUUCAUUGAAGGGACAAUGUUUCACUGUUAUAGAGGUUUAGUUUUCUUGUUUUCUCUCAAGAUUCAUUUAAUCUCAUAUUAUAUAUCACCCUGAACUCACCCUGUGAAACUACAAACCUGAAUUAAUCAUUACUCUAUAAAUUAAUCAUUCACUUAA